AUGUCGCUGGAAGACCUGCCCCUCGAAAAAGCGUCCCUCCUCUCCGACUCCCCCGAUUCCGAAACAAGCCAAACGCUCCGCCAAACCCUCUUCCACCCAAACAACGAUCGACAACGUCGAGUACGACAAUACUUUCUCCUUGCAGUAAAUACAUCGAUUCUCUUGCUGUCGAUACUAUUGAACGUUCCGACAUGGGUGCCAAGCAACAGCAGCACCGCCGUGAGCGCAGGGAAUGUUCCAUCAUCAACGUGCAUCCACGAAACAGAUAUGCAAGAUGCUAGAGGUGCGAUCGAGUAUGAGCAGCGCGUCUUCACAGGAGCAUUAGUGUAUGAUCCUGAGACAAAGAGGGCUCUAAGGAAGAAAGAUGGGGAGAGGGAGUAUUUUGGCGUGCCGUCGAAGGAGAUUGAUGAUGCUUGGGAUGAGUUGCUUCAUGGGGAGUUCCCGGUCAUGACGGACGAGGAGGCAGCACCUUACGAGCCAGAGUUGAAGAGGAUCCCGAUGACUGAUGAAUUCCAUUUCGAACCUGAUGUCACGCAUACCUUGCACUGCCUGAAUGCCCUGCGACAGGAAGUAUCGAAAACGCUUUACAACGCUACCACUGGUCACUCGCAUGGCGGCGCUGUAGGAUUGCCCGAAGGCUGGGCGAUUACACACAUGGAGCACUGCAUGGACCGGAUCCGUCAGUCGGUGAUGUGUCACGCGGACCUUACGCCCUCGCCUCUGUAUUACUGGCCAGGCUUCAGCAUCGCCCUUGGGAAGACGGGAGAGCACACCUGCAGGAAGUGGGAGCCAAUUCGAAAGUGGAUUGAUGAUCGUGGCACUCGAGGUCCGAUGAUCGGUGCGCCAUAG